UGCCCUGGAUUGAGAAAAAGACCGGAGAAGAAUGCGGCCCCUUCCCUCCAAAACUGAAGUCAACGAUUGCGGCAAUUGGUGGGUGGGCUUUUGAGUGAAAAGCCUAUUGCCUUAUUCCGCCCCCUUGCAGCCACUUUUCCUGGGAACCGAUAGAGCAGCAACGAAGGCGGAGCCGCCAAAACAGACCGCGGGGAAGGAAGGAAGGAAGGAAGGAAGAAUGACUCGACUUGCAGGCGCAGCGCUUUGGCGGCUGCGGCGCCUCUUCUCGCACCUCUCCCGCUCUGCAACGCUGGCAGCGAUCCCGAGAUCGACGGCUGCCUAUAGCACUGCUAUAACCUCAGCGAAAGUAGAAGUGAAUGGCGUCCACCUGCACUACCAACAGACUGGAAAUGGAAAUCAUGCUGUCCUCCUACUCCCUGGCAUGUUAGGCAGCGGUCAGACUGAUUUUGAUCCACAGCUGAAGAAUAUGAACAAGGAGAUUUUUACUGUUGUUGGCUGGGACCCUCGAGGAUAUGGAAAAUCAAUCCCUCCAAUUCGAGAUUUUCCUCUAGACUUUUUUGAAAGAGAUGCAAAAGACGCUGUUGACUUGAUGCAGGCACUGAAGUUUCAGAAGUUCUCUUUGUUGGGAUGGAGUGAUGGUGGAAUAACUGCACUCAUUGCAGCUGCAAAAUAUCCAGAAUUGAUCCACAAAAUGGUGGUUUGGGGAGCCAAUGCGACCGUUACAGAAGAGGAUGUGAAAAUUUACAAUGGUAUCCGUGAUGUUUCAAAAUGGAGUGACAAAACAAGAAAACCUUUGGAAAAAAUGUAUGGACAUGAAUAUUUCAGCAAAACGUGUUCAGCUUGGGUAGAUGGAAUCUCCCAGUUUGUGCAAAAAUCAGAUGGUGAUAUCUGUCAGCAUCUGCUGCCUCAUAUUAAAUGCCCAACACUAAUUAUACAUGGUGAGAAAGACCCAUUGGUACCCCGUUUUCAUGCAGAAUACAUCCACAAGCAUAUCCAAGGUUCACGGUUACAUUUUAUGCCUGAAGGAAAACAUAAUUUACAUCUACGGUUUGCGGAAGAGUUUAACAAAAUGGUAGAAGAAUUUCUUGUGUAAAGCACCUACUUCUUUGCUGUUCCUGAAAGAUUGGUAUAGUUCAGCUGAAACUGGCAACAAUGAACUGCAUUUUUAAGGGAAAGAGUGCAACAAGGGAACUUACUUUGUUUGCCCUACCCAUCUUUUCUCCAAAUGGGAGCAAAACUGAUGUAUGCCAACAAUUCUGGGAUAUAGAAAAUGAUUAAAAACUGCUAGAGGUGGGAAUAUUAUCUCAAAAGCUUUGGAGAAAUGUUAAGGGAGCCGCAUAAGUUUCAAUAAAUACUUUUAUUGCCCAGAUUCAGUCUUGAAGAAAAGCACAAACAGAAGUCAUUAUUCCAAAAUGCAUGCCUUGAUACAGAGUCCUCAACAUUGAACACCACACAAAAGCCAUUGUAGAAUUUUACUGCGGACAUUCUUGAAUGUUUACACAAUGCACAAAAGAAAGCAACGUAAGACAGUGCCACAGAAAACAUGCUCAAUUCCAGCUGUCUGAAUUCAUGCCUGCUCUGCUAGUAUUCUAGUUGCCAAUUGUGCUCGUUUCUUCCUCAAAAUCUUAAGGUUUUUUUUUUUAAAGAUAAAGGCUGAAGACAUGAUUUGGAACAUACAGUGAUUCCGAAUAUGAAAAAAAUACCUUAGUUCGUAAAGUGAGAGGGAAUAAGCUCCUAACAUUACAAGCCAAUGAUUUCCUGUAUUACAAAAAAAAAUAAAAAAUAAAAAAAAAGUUUUAGAAUCCA